AAUGAGAAGAAAAAGUUGUCAUUGCAAUUAAUGUGGUAAUCUAACUACAUUAGAAUACAGAAAUAUGAGUGUUCCAUUUAUUAAAAAGAUUGCACGUUUAAGAAAAUAACCAUCUAUGAAUAAUAAUCGAUUGUUGACAGCAUAAAAUACAAGUAAGCAUUAGUAUUAAUUAGAAAAACUAUUUAGAAAAUAUUCAGCAUCUAGACAUGAUACACUAACCUCUACUUCUUCUUCAUAACUUUUACUUACAACUCUUCGUAGAGCUUCUGCUAGAAGUACUGAAAAAUUGAUAGAGGAUACCUAAAUCCGUAUCUUUGAACCACCUAAAUCUUGUAGAAGUCAUCUUUUAUCAAAUCCAUAAUCAGAAGAGAUUAAAAGCAUUACACUUCAAAUCCCAAAAUCUUAUAGAGUUAUCAAAACAUAACCUUAAGAAAAUCAAAAUAUUAAAUUAAUUCACACUAGAAGCAUGCCUAAGAUCUAUUCAAGAAACUUUCUUAACAAUUAUUUAACUAAAUAUAAGAAAAAGAAAACCAUUUGUCAUUUAUAAAAAAAUUGA